UGCGGUCUCUGCAUGGCUGUGGGCUUUCUGCAAUGGCGGGAAGGCGGGCGGGCUUGUGUCAGGUUUUACCUCGCUCAAAAUUGGUGCGUUUGUCCGAGGGAGCAACCUGGGCGCGUCUGCUUUUCCGUGUCUUGUGUCUUAAAGUACAACAGCCAGAUUGGGCGAAAAGUUUCUCAUACCUCAGACCUGGCGGGUAACAAGGCCUGGUCCCCGCGCUUUUAGGGUUCAGGAUGCUGGACAGUCGCCUGAUUAGUGAGGAUUUCGGCCUCAGACUAGUGACAAAAUGAGUUCCUGACUAGAUAAAGUGGUUCUUCCCGAACUUUCUCGCGAAGUAAACCAAGAUUUCAUUUGCAGUAUGGAAAGCCCAUCAGGCUCGGCUGUGAUUUUACCUAGCACUCCACAGGCCUGUGCGAAUCCUCCAACUCCCCAUAUAAAUUGUUCUCGGAAAGCGCCCAUGAGUGCAACACUUAAAGAAAGAUUAAGGAAAACAAGAUUUUCAUUUAAUUCCUGUUGCAGGGUAGUAAAACGUCUUAAAAUAGAGGAUGAAGAAAAUGAUAAGACCUUUUCAGAGAAACCAGCAUCUUCAACAGAAGAAAACUGCUUAGAAUUUCAAGAAAGUUUUAAACAUAUAGAUAGUGAAUCUGAAGAAAAUACAUACUUGAAAAAUACUCUCAAAAAUGUCAGUGCAUGUGAAUCUAAUUCACUUGAUAGUAUGUCAUACAGUGCUCUUCAAAAUGAUUCUGUGAAUGAGAAUCCUGAACAAGGGUUAAAGGAAGAAAGAGCAGAAUUGUUGAAGCAGGUGCAGGAGAAGGAAGAACUACUUCGGAGGCUAAAACUAGUCAAAAUGUAUAGAUCAAAGAAUGACCUUUCACAGUUACAGCUGUUGAUAAAGAAGUGGAGAAGUUGUAGCCAGCUGUUGCUUUAUGAGUUGCAAUCAGCUAUGUCUGAAGAAAACAAAAAACUAAGCCUUACUCAGUUGAUAGACCACUAUGGGUUAGAUGAUAAAUUGUUACGCUAUAACAGAAGUGAAGAGGAGUUUAUAGAUGUUUAAUUACUUUUUUUUUUUUUCUUUUUUUCAGUACUGGGAGAUCAAACCUAGGCCCUCAGGUGCACUCUUAACCAUUGAGCCAUACCCCUGGCUCCUUUUCAGUAAAUCUUUGAGAAUGACAACUUAAUGAAAAGACACUUAAGACAUUUUAAGGGGAAGAUGUUGGCGAUUAGGGUAGUGGUGGUGAGCCUAUGGCAUGUGUGCCAUAGAGGGCUGUUUGUAUCCUUCCAAGCUCUAAAAGGUUUGCCAUCUCAGCAUUGGGUGUCUUGACCAUCAAUUUAGGGUACUCUAAGACAUAAAUUCAGUCCUAAAAUGAAAUACAGUAUUUUGAAUGGAUUUAACAGAGAAUUUGACAUUUUAAAGAAAUGUUAAAA